CGCGGGCACAGAGCCGAGCUUUAGAGCGCGUGGCCGCGGCGGCGGGAAGCCAAAGUCGGUGAAGCCCGAAGUAGCCGGAGAGCCCAGCGCCCUCAUUUUUACCCCUCCUGCCUAAUCGAACAUAACAAAACCAGAAAUGGUUGAAGCAGAUCGUCCAGGGAAACUGUUCGUAGGCGGACUCAAUACCGAAACAAACGAGAAGGCCCUUGAAGCCGUAUUUGGGAAAUAUGGGCGAAUAGUGGAAGUACUGCUGAUGAAAGACCGGGAAACCAGCAAAUCGAGGGGGUUUGCUUUUAUUACUUUCGAAAGUCCUGCUGAUGCAAAGGAUGCUGCCAGAGACAUGAACGGGAAGCUCCUAGAUGGGAAAUCGGUGAAGGUUGAACGAGCCACGAAGCCAAAAUUUGAAAGUGGUGGUAGACGAGGGCCACCGCCUCCCCCAAGAAGCAGAGGCCCUCCGAGAGGCCUGAGAGGCGGCGGAAGAGGAGGAAGUGGGGGAGGAACCAGGGGACCUCCCUCACAUGGAGGUCAUAUGGACGAUAGCCGAUAUUCCCUUCACUUCAACAUGGGGUCUUCCAGGGGACCUCUUCCAGUAAAAAGAGGCCCCCCCCCACGUAGUGGUGGGGGUCCUCCACCUAAAAGAUCUGCACCUUCAGGCCCAGUGCGCAGCAGUAGUGGAAUGGGAGGAAGAGAUCCGAUAUCACGUGGGAGAGACAACUAUGGAGGUCCAUCCCGACGGGACCCAAUGCCAUCUAGAAGGGAAGUUUAUAUGUCACCAAGAGAUGACGGUUAUAAUACUAAGGACAGUUAUUCAAGCAGAGAUUAUCAAAGUUCUCGAGACAACAGAGAUUAUGCCCCUCCUCCGAGAGAUUUUGCGUACUGUGACUAUGGUCAUUCCGGUUCGCGCGAUGAUUAUCAAUCUAGAGGAUACAGUGAUCGCGAUAGAGACUAUUCAGAUCACCCCAGCGGAGGCUCCUACAGAGAUCCGUACGAGAGUUACGGUAACUCGCACAGUGCUCCACCUGCUCGAGGGCCCCCUCCAUCUUACGGGGGCAGCAGUCGCUAUGAUGAUUACAGCAGAGACGGAUAUGGCGGAAGCAGAGAAAGUUAUUCCAGCAGCCGCAGUGAUAUCUACUCAAGUGGCCGAGGAGAUCGAGUUGGUCGACAGGAUCGAGGGCUUCCCCCUUCUAUGGAUAGAGGAUACCCGCCUCCAUGUGAUUCAUACAGCGGCUCAAGGCGGGGAGCACCAAGAGGUGGCCGUGGAGGAAGCCGGUCUGAUAGAAGAGGAGGCAGAAGCAGAUAUUAAAAAGAAAACCCCCAAUUUUUGGACCAAAACUCCCUUUCAAAACAUACACACACACACAAACACACACAUAUA